AUGAAUGAGGAGAAAGAACCAUAUCAAAAAAAGAGUUUGUUUCACACCAGAUGUAAAUGUGAAAACAAGUGUUGUGAUGUGAUUAUUGACAGUGGGAGCACUGAUAAUCUGGUUUUUGAAGAAAUGGUUACAAAGUUGAAGUUGAAGAGGGAAAGACAUCCACAGUCAUAUCGGAUAGCGUGGUUGCAGAAUGACCACAAGAUUUUGGUCAAUGAGCAGUGUCUGGUACAAUUCAAGAUUGAAAGCUAUCGUGAUGAGGUACUAUGUGACAUCAUACCCAUGGAUGCAUGUCACGUGUUGUUAGGGAGGCCAUGUAAGUUCGAUAGGCGUGAUGUACAUGAUGGUCGUGCGAAUACCUAUACCUUAACAAAGGAUGGAGUUCUACAUAAGUUGAAGCCCCUGAAGGAGGUGGAAGAAAAUGUAUGUAGUAAUGGCAGAAUAUGUUUUGUUGAUGGAAGAAUUUUUUUGGAAGGCAUGAAACACGAACCUGUGUGUUUUGCUUUAAUUUUGAGGGUGGAUAAAGAACAUAGUGAAGAGGUGCUAGUAGAAGUUUCUAGUUUGUUGAAUGAGUUUCAAGAUAUUGUGUCUGAUAAUGUACCCAAGGGUUUACCACCUGUGAGGAAGAUCAGUCAUCGGAUUGACUUGAUCCUUGGAGCUAGUUUACCAAAUAAGGCAACCCACAAAAUGAAGAGUUGA